AUGCACAUCUUCUGCAGCCCGAACUGCUGUCCGUACUCGGGGAAGUGCGGCAACGGCCUGGAAGAUUCGUCCAAGGUUUUCCUCGGCCGCAACCAGCGCACGCACGAGUUGGGGAUCGUGGCCGGCGAGGUCAUCGACGCUGGCGAAUUGCUCGGCCAGUACCUCGGGGAGAUAGAGCACGUGAGCGCUUCUCGAGCGAAUCGACCGCGCAACUGGGGCUACAGGCUCGUGUUGAAGCAGCGGCCCGAGCAACCGGCGACCGGCGUCUGCGCUGCAAUCAACGCGGAGCGCAUGGGGAGCCUCAUGCGCUUCGUGAAUCAUUCAUGCAGGCCGGCCGCUGCGUUCGUCGAGCUGUCUAACGGCCGUCGCACGACCGUGGUGGUGGUGACUACGCGAGACAUCUGUCGCGGCGAGGAGGUGACCGUGGACUACGGCGACGACCUCUGGUUCGUGUGCCGCUGCGAAGCGGCUGAAUGCCGCCACAGCAACAUCCAGGACGAGGAAGAUCCAUGA